AUGAGCGCCCGCGAAGAUACCGUCCUUCGUCCCAUCGAUCCCUCCAUCACCGACGAGAAUGACUGGCCGGAUUUCGAUCUGGUCGACGUCAAGGUCCUGCGGCCGGGGAAGAUGCUCUACGCGAAUCUUCUCGAUGCCACAGAUCGAAAUCCGGUCCAGGUGAUUGGCUGCCUGGAGCUUAGAGAGGACCAGAGCCACCUACUACUCGACCCCGAAUCCGCUUCGAAACGUGUCAUUAUUGAUGAUGUCACUCAUUACGCCUAUGGACAAACUGAGGAUCGCAGUGUUGAGCUCUGGGUGGCUGGCAAGGCUGGCUGGUACAAUAUUUCGCCCGCCAAGGGCUAUGUGCCGACCUUUAGCCGCAUGGUCCAGGCUGUCGAUAUGCUGUAUUUUCUCACGGAUAGAUACCAGCACGGCAAGAAGCAGUUCAAUCCGUCUUUUAAGAAUUUGUGCGAGCAGUACGUUUUUCACACGCACGGCGAUUGUGAGACUAGAGAGCAAUCAGCGGAAGUAUUUGCCGAACACGCGCCAUUCUUACUUCGCUGUAUGAUGGAAGCCGAUGAGGAUGAUGGCGGUGUAGACUGGAAGAAAACAAAUGUAUUCGUUCACCUUCGUCGCCAAUUUAGCGAUGUCUACAAUGAGCUCAUGGAAGAGCAAUCAAACAAGUCCGAGGAUGAAGAAGCGCAGAAUGAGACAGGAGCAUCAACGCCCCGGCAUGAUCCAGCUGUGAUAGCGAAAUCACAAAUCGAUGCUAUCUACCAGAUGAUAACGGAUCUGAGGGAAGAGGGUCAUCUAGCAAAGCGCCGACUACAUCUCGAUAUGUUAACAGAACGUCUGGCUGAUCGAUAUUCUUUCAGCCGGGAGAAUGCGAGCAAGAUUAUUGCCGCUAGAGCGGGUGCGGUGGUCGAGCGGCUAGAUGAAGAGGAUACUCCUGGCUUCCGGUGGUCUCGCUACGUGAUUCACCGAGAGCUUACACACGCUGCUACCCAAGAUAGUACACUCUCUCCUGGGCUCCUUACACCACUACAGCCCAUCGAGGACUCUAGCGACGAUGAACACCUGGGUCACACACAAAAGUCGGUCCUGCGUCCCAAGAUGAACUCUGUUGUCUCUGGGAAGGUGAUGGGGAAACGACACCGUAACGCAGUUAUCAACAAGGACGUACAGUCCGAUGCUAGCGACGCCGAGGAAGAGGACGAGCCUAUGGAAGAUAUGGAAGAUCUCGAUACCCCUAGCAAGUCCCGCGGUCAUGAGCUGAUAAGAACACCUCUUGCCACCGCAAAGUCUCGGGGCCGCUCCCUUCUUCCCAGUUCUGGUUCCGCUGCUUCAUCCCUGUUAAAGAGCGUUCUCUCGUCUGAACCUCCUCAGACCCCAUCCCUUAUCACCAACAUGAAAGGAGAUAUCCUCACGUCACACCCUCUGGCCGAGUUGAAUAAAAUCUCAGAUGUCUGGUCAUGCCGCAUGCCGGGGUGUUCUAAGACUAUCUCGACCAAGGGUGACCAGCGCAAGGAAGAUAUCGAGGCACAUGCCACCGAACAUGACUGGGAGGCACAGAUGCGCAUUGAGAUCAUUGAAGCUGAACGACGGAUGCAUACCACAAUGCCCGUCACCAAUCUCAUGCAAUACCUCCUAAACCAGCAUGUUGCGCAGAUGCGUUCUGCUUUCCCCGAAAAAUAUCCGACAAGUACGGAGAAUGGGGAACAAAAUGGGACCACAGAACAUUCCGAAAUAACUCAGAAUGGAGAUUCUGUGUCGUUACCCAAUGGUCAGCACUCUGAGGACCAGGACCAUGACGUAAAUGGUCACACUACCUGA